AUGUAUAUGCGUGACAGACGUCCUCUAUUAGCGGACGAUGCCGCGAAUAAAAAAGUAGUAAUCAAUAAAUUUUCAGGAAGGGAAAUGCAGCACCGUUUGCAUGAAGAAACUCCUCCACCCAUGACGAUUAAGAGAGCGUCCGUUUGUGUUCUUUUUUUCCUUGUCGUGCUCGGGAUUCCAUUGGGAGUCAUCUACUAUUUUACGCCGUUCUUUGUCGUUGAGAACUUGGGUUGCAGGGCUCUGGAGAAACUCUGGGGGGAUGACACAGUGCGCGUGCUAGAGGAGGGUUACCACAGCUACAAGGCCUCACCGCCGCGGUUUCCCUCCCUCGAGUACAACAAAACGAUGCUCUGGGGAACAUAUGAGCCUGGUCUCCUUUUUGCCAUGAAGACACGCACCCCAAAGCCUGUGUACAUUGGAGUUGCCUGGUACGACGAGGCAGGCCUACACCCCGUCCGGCAUAAGAUGGUGGACGUGCUGUCGGUAGAGCGACGUCGGGACAGCAAUGACACCAUGGUCUCUGACGAAAAGACAGGUGCAUUUGAAGCAGCCUGGUCACUACACGAUGGCGUCCAUUACGGGCAUCUUUUUGUGCGAGAUGGCCCAGCCAAGAUAAACAUUGAAUUUCUCAAGAGUCCUCCAGGUGACAGUUGGCACGUCCGUGUUCAUGGCCAGAUGGAUGGAGCGAAACCUAUUGAGUUUGUUGUUUACGUUGUGAACGAGGGGGGUGACGCCCUCGAGCCUGAGCUGGCAACAACCGACGGUUCAUGGGAUCCGCAGAUCAAGAGCGAGUUCGAAGAUGCAGAUGGGCGUCGAGAAGGCUUUAAUUUGCUUCUUCGCGAUGAUCAUAACCCCCUCCUUACGGUCGCCUCCUGGCAAGUGUAUGGGUGGCGGUCUGCCGAAGGUGAGUUUCUUCGUGGCACCAAUCUUCGUAACGUGCAUUUAAAUGCUCAGUCGUGUAAAAUUGACUUCUCUGGGGUAAAGCGAUCGCCACUUCUCAAGACUGGGCACGAAACACACAACGUGAUGAUAUUUCGUAAGAGAUAUGAGUCAGACUUUCGGGUCGAACUUUCAAUGCGCCACGCCUCGCAUCUUGUGGCAGCUGUCCCUGAUGCGACAGCACACCAACGAUUUAUGGCAGAUUACGAAUCGUUGACAACAUGCCAGCUGACCAACGCUUUCCGUGCUCGGGAGAAAGAAGUUUUGUAUCAGAUGCGCCAAAUGCUAAUUCCAUGGACAAAGGGGAUUCAUGUCAAUCGCAAGCUGUACAUCAACAGAGCUUCUCGGGUUCUCAGCGGGGCGCUAGGCUCGUGGGGCUUUUGGUAUGGGCGAUACCUUUACCUGGAUCCAAUUCUUGACGCUUCAUGGGACGAGCAAGGAAAAUUGACAAGAGUUCAAUCGGACGGACAACUACGGGAAGCAGCGUUUGAUGUGUCUGCUUUUGGGGCAGUGGCUUCUCGAGUGGGGAGUUCGUACGGUGACAUGACUCUGACAGGAUUUCAUCUCCUUUUUAUUAUACGCUGGAACAAGGAGUGGACAAAGGAUGCCAUUGCUUCUUGGCUUGUUGGCGCUCAAGAAAGCAAUAGCGGCUUUAUUCCACAUAGGGCAAUCCUUACGGCGGCAUCGCGUGCAUUUGCUCCACCCUCCGCACGCUACGAAUGCCUGACGUUUGCUGCACCCCCCACCAUUCUUCUUGUACUUGAUCAAUUACUACGCAGUUACCAGGGAGAGGCAGCUGAUAAGGAGUUUCUUGAGUUUUUACUGCCACACCUGCGUCGUUGGCGGACAUGGUUUCACAAGACGCAGAGCUCAGGGGAUACUGAAAUGAGCUUAGAAGCACUUGCUGCCGCAGAAACAACGAAUGGGACCGAAAAAAGCUCACCGCCAAGAUAUCGAUGGCGUUCGCGUGAUGAAUAUCGCAUCCCUUCCAGUGGUAUGCCAGACUACCCCCGACCCGUUUGCCCCGGCUACCACAGAAUGGAGGCGCAUGUGGAUCUUUUUUCGUGGGUUGCACUGCUGAGCUCGAUCAUCAGCGAUGUUGAGCUGCAUUUGGGAGCUGCUGAGACUGUUCCCAAGCGGCUUUGGACGGUUUGGUUGGACACGGUGCACUGGGAUGCUGCAAACCAGCGCUAUGCCGACCGUGCUGGCUGCCCUGGUGACUCUUUCUCGCCGUACAUAGGGUAUGUCAACCUCUACCCCUUUCUUCUUGGGAUCAUCGACAACAAGGGGCGUGCACUGACGAUCGUUGAACUUGCCAAGACGGAGCUGAUGACCCGCUACGGCCUGAUGUCUGUUUCGUACGACUCGGUGCGCGCGGCACGUGAUGCGGGUCUGCGCCACGAGAACCGCUGGAUGGGUCACGUGUGGCUCUCAGCGAACGUCCUGAUGCUGCACGCUCUGAGAACGAAAUACAUUGACAUUCUCGGGGACCCGGCAGGGGAACUAUUCAAGCGGCUGCGGUUGUGUAUGUUGGAGAUCAGCGGUGGGUCCCCGAUGAUGCAGGAGGCCUAUAACCCUGUGACGGGCGCCGCAGAGAGCACCGUCUCGCUCGUGGGGUACCGUGCCAUGUUG